ACCACCUCCUCUAAACCACUAAUCCCGCGCGACUCCCCCCUCCCAUUUUGGCCAGCGCCCCGCCUACUGCCCGCUCAACCAAUCCGGAAUCAGCCGGUAGAACCCGCACUCCUGGGGCUUCGCUGCGCGCGGGCCACACUCUCGCGCGCUUCUCCCUGCGCUCUCUUUCUUUUGCAGACGGACGCCUGCGGCACCUCUCCCCCUUCCGCCCUGAGCGUCUCCCCUCGAGCGAUUCCCAUGUUUAUUAAAAGAAAACAUUAGACGACCUUAUCUGAACCGUGGGUCACGUAAGAGAAUUUUUUACCAAUACAGUCUAACCAUGGCAGAAGCCCAUCAAGCAGUCGCAUUUCAGUUUACUGUAACUCCAGAUGGAAUUGAUCUGCGCAUGAGCCAUGAAGCUCUCAGGCAGAUCUAUCUAUCUGGGCUCUAUUCCUGGAAGAAGAAGUUCAUCAGAUUCAAGAAUGGCAUAAUCACAGGAGUUUAUCCAGCUAGCCCCUCCAGUUGGCUUGUUGUAGUGGUGGGAGUUAUGUCAACAAUGUAUGCCAAAAUAGAUCCUUCAUUGGGCUUAAUAGCAAAAAUUAACAGAACCCUUGACACAACUGGUUAUAUGUCCAGCCAAACACAGAAUAUUGUCAGUGGGAUUCUUUUUGGGACAGGACUUUGGGUGGCCCUUAUUUUCACAAUGCGCUACUCUCUAAAGAUGCUGCUUUCCUACCAUGGGUGGAUGUUUCAUGAACAUGGCAAACUUUCUACAGGAACCAAGAUAUGGACGACACUGGUAAAACUUUUCUCAGGUCGUAAACCAAUGCUGUAUAGCUUCCAGACAUCUCUGCCACGUCUUCCUGUUCCAGCUGUUAAAGACACAGUAAAUAGGUAUUUGGAGUCAGUUAAGCCACUUAUGAAUGAUGAACAGUAUAAAAGAAUGGAAGGUCUUGGCAAAGAUUUUGCGGUUAAUUUGGGACCAAAACUACAAUGGUACUUGAAGCUGAAAUCCUGGUGGGCUACGAACUAUGUUAGUGAUUGGUGGGAAGAAUACAUUUACCUUAGAGGACGAGGCCCAAUUAUGGUUAACAGUAACUACUUUGCAAUGGAUUUCCUAUAUUUUACUCCCACCUCCGUCCAGGCAGCUAGAGCUGGAAAUGCUAUCCAUGCCAUUUUGCUUUAUAGAAGAAAACUUGACAGGCAACAAAUCCAGCCAAUUCUUCUGAUGGGAUCCACUGUUCCACUCUGCUCAGCACAAUGGGAGAGGAUGUUUAAUGCCUCCCGUAUUCCAGGAGAAGAAACAGAUACCGUCCAGCAUAUAAAAGACAGCAAACACAUUGUUGUGUAUCAUAAAGGAUGCUACUACAAAGUGUGGCUCUAUUAUGAUGGCAGACUAUUGACUCCACGGGAGGUUGAACACCAGAUGCAAUGGAUUUUAUAUGACAAAUCAGAGCCCCAGCCCGGUGAAGAGAAGUUAGCAGCUCUUACUGCAGGAGAUAGAGUACCUUGGGCUAAGGCUCGCCAGACUUAUUUUGCCCGUGGAAAGAACAAGCAGUCUUUGGAUGCCAUUGAAAAGGCAGCUUUCUGUGUGACUUUGGACGACACUGUUCAGGGAUACAGGGAAGAGGAUCCGGUGACAUCAAUGGAUGCCUAUGCGAAGGCACUUCUGCAUGGCAAAUGCUAUGACAGGUGGUUUGACAAGUCUUUCACUUUCAUAGUGUUCAGGAAUGGUAAAAUGGGCUUGAAUGCUGAACACUCCUGGGCAGAUGCUCCUAUUGUUGGACAUCUUUGGGAGAAUGUCAUGUUUACUGACUGUCUUGAAUUGGGGUACACAGAAGAUGGCCAUUGCAAAGGAGAAGUUAAUUUAGGCAUUCCUUUGCCUACAAGACUACAGUGGGAAAUCCCUGAAGAGUGCCAAGAAGCGAUAGAGAUGUCCCUGGCCAUUGCAAGGCCUUUAGCAGAUGAUGUGGAUUUUCAUUCUUUUCCUUUUGAUACAUUUGGGAAAGGAUUAAUGAAGAAAACAAAAACUAGUCCUGAUGCGUUUGUGCAACUUGCGCUACAGCUUGCUCACUACCGGGACAUGGGAAAAUUUUGCUUAACUUAUGAAGCAUCUAUGACCCGCCUCUUCAGAGAAGGUAGAACAGAAACAGUUCGCUCAUGUACUGUUGAGUCAUGCAACUUUGUGCAUGCUAUGGAUGACACAGCAAAAAGUCCUGAGAAGAAGUCCGCGCUAUUCAAGGCUGCUGCUGCUAAACAUCAGCUUUUAUAUCGUCUUGCCAUGACUGGUGCUGGCAUUGAUCGUCACCUCUUCUGUCUAUAUGUGGUAUCUAAAUAUCUUGCUGUUGACUCUCCUUUCCUUAAGGAAGUUUUGGCAGAACCCUGGAGACUUUCAACAAGUCAGACACCACAACAGCACAUUGACCUGAACAAAAAUCCUGGAAUGGAAUCCAGUGGUGGUGGCUUUGGACCUGUUGCUGAUGAUGGUUAUGGUGUGUCGUAUAUUAUUGUGGGUGAGAAUCUUAUUAAUUUCCAUGUAUCCUGCAAGUUUUCUUGCCCAGAAACAGAUUCUCAUCGCUUUGGAAGCAACAUCAAGCAGGCUUUGUGUGACAUCAGAGAUUUGUUUCAUCUUGAUAGAAAUUCUACUAAGUGACUUCUAAUCAGCAGGUCAACCAGUCACCCCGUGUUGGGGGGUGAGAACUCUUCUGAUCAGUGAAUGAAAGAAAACAAGGCAUGUUAAGCAGCACUGGGAGAGUCCAUUUGGUCAUCAUCCUUUCAAGGAUAUGUACAUAAGCAUUUAGUAUCAGGAGAGAUUCAUGACUGUAAUUGUUCAGAAGAGUUUUCUUUUCCACAAAAGAUAAUUUUUGACAUUCUGUGUAUUAGUAAGAGCACAGCAAGAUGGUGAAGCAUGUAUUAUGCUAGGCCUGUUUUGAUCUGAUGUAAAUUUGACCAUUUUCUACAAAAAUCUGUUUGUAUUCUGUAAAUGAAGGGAUAAAUGAAACAUGUAUAUUUCAGUCUCGUAACAACAACAGAACUUUGUCUUGAAAUGUACCAGUAGCAGGCAAAUAUCUGCUGUUUUAUUAGUGUGAAAACUUGGGGCAUUCACCUUAAAUAAAGACAUUUCAUUAAGCUGAA